AUGGUUUAUAGCCCCAUUCCUGUCGAUACUGAGAGCUCUACCGAUCACCUUCGUGUAAAGGACAGUAACACGGGCAGAAAUAAGCUAAGAGAAGAAAUCCAGAAGCUCAGAGCAGAGGUGUUGGCGUAUGAACCGGGUAAAGCAUCGGUGCAUCCUAAACGAGUUGAAUUCCCGGAGAAUCUUUACAUAGGACUUUUUGGCCGAACAGGAUGCGGGAGAACAUCGCUGAUAACUUCCCUGAAGUAUGCCACUCAUGGAAGAUUGCGAAGAGCUAAAUGGCUACAGGUAGCUACACAGGAGAAGGCCGGUGGGCACACCAUGUUCAUAAAAAUAGCUGAUAUUACGAAGAGGAUUUUUGUGAUUCAUAACCGCGGCCUCGAUGACCCUUUCACCAAUCGAGCAACUGCAGAACUGUUUGGACAGUUAGCUGGAGAGCGAGGAUAUGGAUCAAAAGUCGAAUGGCAAGAGGAUGGAGACGAGGACAAAGCAGAACGGGACUUUGUCGAGCAAAACGAAGGACAUAAACUUGGUUGCGCGGUCUUUGUAUUUAGGUAACUAGUUUACAAUAUAAAAUAGGUGUUGUCUUCCCUUUGAACCCUUAGUUCUCCGUGGAUCAUUCGCGUAUUCGGGGGGGGGGGGCAAAGGGCCCGGGCCCCCGGGUAGACGAGAGGGGAGCUCCAAAAAGAGGAAGAAAAGAGGCAAAAGGAAAAGGGGGAAAGAAGAAGAGAAAGAUACAAAUGGGGGGAAAAGAGGGGAAAAAGAAGAGGGAAGGGGGCGCCGAAAUCAUGUUCUAUCGGGGAAGGGCGCCGAGUUCAUGUUCGAUAUAGAGGACGCCGAAGUAAUGUUCGAACUCGGGGGGGGGGGGGGAUUGUUGUUUUAGUUAUGGGCGCCGAAUUGAAGUUCGACAUAGGGGGUGCCGAACUGGUGUCCGACAUAGGGGCGCCGAAUCGAUCUCCAACCUAGGAGGGGGGAUUGAUGUUCGAACUCGGGGGGGGGGGGCCAACUGAUAUUUUACUUAUGGGCGCCGAAUCGAUGUUCUAUCUAGGGUGCCGAAUUUAUGUUCGACAUAGGGAGCGGCGAAUUGAUCUUCAACCUACAUGUAGGAGGGGGCGCCGAAUCGAUGUUCGACCUAGGGGCGCCGAAUUGAUGUUUUAUAUAGGGGCGCCGAAUUGAUCUUCCUAAGGGCGCCUAAUUGAUCUUCUUAUGGGCGCCGAAUUGAUGUUCGACAUAGGGGGGGGGGGCGCCGAAUUGAAGAUUGACAUACAUGUAGGGGCGCCGAAUUGAUCUUCAACCUAGGGGCGCCGAAAUGAUGUUCGACAUAGGGGGCGACGAAUUGAAGUUCGACAUAGGGCGCCGAACAUGCCGAAUUGAUGUUCUACCUAUGAGCGCCGAAUUGAUGCUCAACUUAGGGUAGGGGGCGCAAAAUUGAUGUCCGACCUAGGGGUGCCGAAUUGAAGUUAGACAUGGGGGCCUGAAUUUGUGUUCUACCUAGGGGCGCUGAAUUGAUGUCCCACCUAGAGAGCACGGAAUUGAUGUCCAACAUAGGGGGGGGGGCUCCGAAUUUCUGUUCGACAUAGGGUGUUAAUUUGAUAUUUGUCCUGGGGCGCCAAAUUUAUAUUCAACCUAGGGAGGGGCGUCAAAUUUAUGUUUGACCUUUGGAGCGCCAAUUUGAUGUUUGUCCUGGGUAGCCGGAUUCAUGUUAAACCAAACUCAUAAUAGCUCGCAUAAAAUGCUUAUAGUUAGAUUCCCGUCCUGAUCAUGAUUACCAAAAUAGAUAAUAGAAAGUCCAAAUUCUAAAUGUCCUUAGAAUGUUCAAUCGGGAAACAUAAAGACGAAAAUACUCCCCCUGUUGGCGAAAGCUGGACCCGCCACUGGUAUAGUAAUUACAGCUCAUACAUCAUUUUAGUAGGGCCUAUUCUCUGACAUAUAUGAUGAGAAGUUAAACUAAAUUGAAACCACAAAGUGCUUAAAAUGUUAUGCUUUCUGGUCGCAUUUUCUAUUAGGCUUGUAAAAAAAUGUAUUACAGCAUAUUCAUGGAUGGUGGUAUUCGAUUGCCUAUUUGGAUAUGAAAUAAGAUAAUUCAACAUACAUCUAAGGCAUCUAUUGCUUGGCGGGAGGUGCGCCAUUGACGGUUUAGACAAUUAGACAAUGUUUAUAGCGAAAAAGAUUAUUGUAUUAUUGAACCUUUCACUUAUUUACACAAUCUGUCGUCAAUACCAGGGGCCGUAUUUUGAAAAUUGUCUUUAGAGAAAUAUUCUUGUAUCUAUAGAGUUACAAUAAAAUCUGUAUUCCUA